AUGGCAUUGACUUCGGGGCCCGCAAGGCGGUUUCUGGAGGGCCCCGGGCGGCUCUCCCUUGGGGGCUGUGAGGUCCAGAGACGUGGGGCUUACCAGUGGGGUGUGCGCUCCACGCGGAAGCCUGAACCGCCUCCCCUGGACAGAGUGUAUGAGAUCCCCGGACUAGAGCCUGUCACCUACGAGGGGAAGAUGCACUUCGUCCCCGGGUUGGCGCGACCGGUCUUCUCGCCCUGGGACCGCGGCUGGUUUCAUCCGAAGUUCCACCGCUCUCCCCCGAUUCACGAGCAGCCGUUGUACAAGGACCAAGCCUGCUACAUUUUCCACCAGCGUUGCCGCCUCCUCGAGGGUAUGAAGCAGGCCCUCUGGGUUUUGGAGCAGCCAGUGACUGUGCAGAGUGUGGGCACUGAUGGCCGCCUUUUUCAGUUCCUGGUGUUCCAGCUGAACACCACCGACCUGGCCUCGGAUGCAGGUGUCAAGAAUCUGGUCUGGGUGGACUCAGACCAGCUCCUCUAUGAGCAUUUUUGGUGUCGCCCAGUGAUCAAGAAGAAAGUGAUGGUGGAACCUGUAGGGCCAGUUGGUUACCAGCCAGAAACAUUCAAGAAGUUCCUCGCUCUGUAUUUGCAUGGUGCUGUGUGA